AGUUCCAACAAGUGAAGAGCAUUAAUUUGUAUUAGUAAUCGCUUUGCGUGUGGCUGCAUGCAGUUGAAUCUCAUUUUGUAUUUUAGUUUAUUUUUAAGUUAAAGUGUAGCUAACUUGUUGAUUUAGCUGCCCGAGCAGGCGGCCACAUCCUCAACUCUCUUCACAAACACAAUCAAUCAUGGUUCUGUUUGUGCCAUCCACGAUUUUGGGGCGCAGCUACCUGUUAUUUGUGCUGGUUCUAAUCGUGGGCGUGUUCGCUCAGCAUGAGUGGCAGGCCCGCGAUGCAUUUGAUGAGAUCAAAAUACAGUUCGACAAGGUGAAUGCUGACAACUGUCCCAUACAGCAUCAUGCGGACUUGUUUAUGCCGUUGGACUCCGUCUCUCACAAGCCCGACAUCAAGGAGGUAAAUGUCAACCCCGUGUUUCCGAAUCGUACGGCUCUGCUGCAUCUGCAGAAUAUGGCGCUGAGUCGCAGUUUCUUCUGGAGUUAUAUACUGCAGUCGCGCUUCAUCCGACCAGCCAUUAAUGAUACAUACGAUCCGGGCAUGAUGUACUAUUUCCUUUCAACUGUGGCGGAUGUAUCGGCCAAUCCCAGCAUCAACGCCUCGGCCAUCUAUUUUGCACCCAACAGCUCGUACUCUUCGUCGUAUCGUGGCUUCUUCAAUAAGACCUUCCCACGCUUUGGACCACGAACCUUCCGACUGGAUGACUUUAAUGAUCCCAUACAUCUACAAAAGAUUUCCACGUGGAACACUUUUGAUGUGCAAGACUUGGGCGCCCAUCAUCCCGACUCCAUAUCAAAGGAUUACACACAUGAUCUUUACAAAAUCAAUGAAUGGUAUCGCGCCUGGCUGCCCGACAACGUUGCAGGUCGGCAUGACACGAAAAUCACCUACCAAGUGGAAAUACGCUAUGCGAACAAUACAAACGAAACAUUCACGUUCCAUGGUCCGCCUGGAUCUGAGGAGAUACCGGGUCCAAUUAAGUUUACACGGCCCUAUUUCGACUGCGGACGCUCUAACAAGUGGCUGGUGGCAGCCGUGGUGCCCAUUGCAGAUAUUUACCCCAGACACACCCAGUUCCGUCACAUCGAGUAUCCCAAAUACACUGCGGUAUCCGUGCUGGAGAUGGACUUUGAGCGCAUAGACAUUAAUCAGUGUCCGCUAGGCGAAGGCAACAAGGGACCGAAUCAUUUUGCAGACACUGCGCGUUGUAAAAAGGAAACAACCGAAUGCGAACCCUUGCACGGCUGGGGCUUUAGGCGUGGCGGCUACCAGUGUCGCUGUAAGCCGGGCUUCCGACUGCCCAACACUGUGCGGCGACCCUAUCUGGGCGAGAUUGUGGAACGGGCCUCGGCGGAACAGUAUUACAAUGAAUACAAUUGCCUUAAAAUCGGCUGGAUACAAAAGCUGCCUAUUCAGUGGGAAAAGGCGCCCUAUCACAUCCGAGAAAAGUAUUUAGAUUUGCACACAGAGUAUCGCAACUAUUCGACAGGCGCCAGAGCCCUGCACACAGAGCACUUGAAUAUCGACCAGGCGCUCAAGUAUAUUCACGGCGUCAACUACCGUACAUGCAAGAAUUUCCAUCCGCAAGAUCUGAUACUGCGCGGCGAUGUUAGCUUUGGCGCCAAGGAGCAGUUCGAAAACGAAGCCAAAAUGGCUGUGCGUCUGGCCAACUUUAUUAGCGCCUUUUUGCAGGUAUCGGACCCCAAUGAGGUGUACUCUGGCAAACGUGUUGCGGACAAGCCGCUGACCGAGGAUCAAAUGAUAGGCGAGACCCUGGCCAUUGUGUUGGGCGACAGCAAGGUCUGGUCGGCGUCAACGCUUUGGGAACGCAAUAAGUUCACCAAUCGCACCUACUUUGGACCCUAUGCAUACAAAACGGAGCUGAACACGCGCAAGUUCAAGGUGGAGGAUCUGGCUCGCCUGAACAAAACGCACGAGCUCUAUACGGAAAAGAAGUACUUUAAGUUCCUUAAGCAGCGCUGGAAUACGAACUUUGAUGAUUUGGAAACGUUCUACAUGAAAAUCAAGAUACGUCACAAUGAGACAGGUGAAUACCAGCAGAAGUACGAGCACUACCCGAACUCGUACCGUGCCGCAAACAUUAAGCACGGUUACUGGACCCAGCCUCAGUUCGAUUGCAAUGGAUAUGUCAAGAAGUGGCUGAUAACCUAUGCGGUGCCCUUCUUUGGCUGGGACAGCCUCAAAGUCAAACUGGAAUUCAAGGGUGUGGUCGCUGUGUCCAUGGACAUGCUGCAGCUGGACAUAAACCAGUGUCCGGACUGGUAUUACGAGCCUAAUGCCUAUAAGGGCACACACAAGUGCGAUGAGAAGACGUCAUAUUGUGUGCCUAUCAUGGGACGUGGCUAUGAGACUGGCGGAUAUAAGUGCGAGUGCUUGCAGGGCUAUGAGUAUCCGUUUGAGGAUCUAAUCACCUACUAUGACGGGCAGCUGGUCGAAGCCGAGUAUCAAAAUAUCGUUGCUGAUAAGGAGACUCGCUACGACAUGUUCAAGUGUCGUCUGGCGGGAGCGUCGGCCUUGCAAUCAGCGUUGGGUUUGGUCAUCUCACUGUUUGGCCUUACGUUAACGCUACUAUAUAGAUUUAGUUAAUCGUCCACAUAAGCCAAAUAUCUAACGUCAAUUUCCGUCCAUACAUAUGAAUCUCCAUAUCAAUCCUCACACAAAAACAAAAAAUCUACAAAAAAUCUAAAAAAAUCUGACAAAGCAACAGCUAGACACAAAAUUGACACCCAAAACAAAACGCGCUGUUGCCAAAAAAAAAAAGAAGCCCAGAAAAGCAAACCCAAAUUGUCCGUUGUGUGUUCCAUAUACCAGAUAUGUUCGCUCGAUGCGUCUUUGAACAUUGUCAUCAUUUAUCUGCAAGGCGAUUAAGUUGUAGACAUAAUCUAUUACAAUGAAUCUGGUUAUUUGUCAUUUCUAUCAAAGGCGGCAGCAACGGCGGCAGCAGCAGCAGCAGCGGCAGAAGCAGCAGAAAAGCGCAAACAGCCGCGCCUACUGCGCUCAGAUUACGGAAGCGACGCUCUGCAUCUCCAGCUACUGCUGCCGACUGUGGUCGUCGCUAAUGUCCGUGAAGUUGCACAGCUGUGUGCGUGUGCUGCUCGCUCAGAAUUCGCAAACCUGUUAACAUCAAAACCCAGUUAGGCCCCGUACCUACACCCAUCCUCUAGAGCCAGGCUGAGGGUUGGUUGUGCCGCACGCACACACCUUUCCUGCCAGGCCAGAGGCUGCAAAAAAAUAACCGAACGCCUGCCGUCGUGUUUUUCUUAUAUUAAAUCGUCGACGUUGCGGCGUCCGAUGGUCCAUUGGCUGCUUUUUUGCCUGAAUUAAAUAUGCUGGCGAUUUCGUUUUUUUUUUUUUUUGCGCCUUGAUUAUCAUAUGCGCUUGAAUUUUUAUUAUCUAUACCCUGAGAACUUUUUCUAUGCGCCGCAGGAACCAGUUUAUCAGCCACUUGGUCUUAGAUUUGGUCUCCUGCCAGGGCAACAAAAAAAAAAAAUCGCCAGCUCUUCUUUUUUCAUUAAAAAUGAUAGGUAGCUGGACUUGGACAUGCACACAAAAAAUAUUUUCACACAUUUUUCAUAGUCAUAUCAGGGCAACAGCGCGCCGGUGGGCAGUGACGACCGCUGCGUUUUGGGUAACUCCUCCAUUUCCAUUUGUGCCGUUGCCGGCUGCAGGCAGGAGCCAGCGCAGCGGGUAUACAAUUCAAGUAGGAUUUCUCCAAGUAUAUAUCCAUAUACACAUUAUCUUUAUAUGCAUAUACAGUGUCUUUAGCAGCCUUGUCUAUUAUUUAAAACAUAUAAUUCCAUAUAUUAACUUGUAGGACAGUACAAAAA